CACCACCACCACCACCACCACCAUUAUUAUUGCUAUACCGCUAUUGACAUCACGCUAUUGACAUCACUGCUCUUUUUUAUUCUAUCCCCUCCGUCAACUCCCCUUCCCUCUCCGCCACCUUCCUGUUCAUAUCUCCGCAUUCCCUUUCCUCCUUCCACUCACUUGCACCUAUCCCCUCCUUCGCUCCAUCCCACUCGUCUCCCACACCCUAGUGCUAUCUCCUACAAAAGUCCGCUUCAAUGCAUUCUUCAUAGCGAAUAGCACCCUCCUCGGAGUUGCAGUGGUACCCCAUCCUUCCACCUCCGACCCUCUCGUUGUCCGGCUUUCUAGUCCCUGCCUCCUCGUGCCGGUCGUUGUUCCCCUACAAUGACUUCCUUGUCCACCGGUUCUCCCGCCCCCACGACCAACGAUGUAGCAGACAACACGAACAGUUCGAACCAACAUCCGCCCCACAAUCCGCCAGAUACCGGUCCCUCCGCCCUUCCCACAACAUCCGAGUCGACCAAUCCUCCGUCACUCUCCGCCCAGAUGGAUGCCACACCACCUCCCAUUUCAUCCCCGAGUCCUUCAUCUUCAACUGGCAGAAUGACCCCUUCAUUCACCCCGCUUGCCAACCUCAAUGCUGCGCGCCGCCCGCCGGGGUCGGUGGACUCAAGCGGUGCGGCGUCCGAUCUCAAAUCCGGCCCGGACCUACUAGCGAAGAUGAAGGCUUUUCACUUGGAGCGGAGAGGGGCGCCGCCGGGAAAUAUGGCUGCACCGGGAACCGAUCGAUCUGCUGGCGGAUCGACCGGGGAGGCGGGUGUCCCACCGGCAAGAGGCCCGCAGCUUGGUCCCGGAGGUGUUCCUAGCUCGUUCAACCUCCCGCACGGCGUAGCGAAGCCUGGAUUUAGCCACUUUCAAUCGGCACCAGCCGUUCCUCGUGCGGGAGGCCCCAAGAAACCGUCUCUUGCAGAAAAGCGCGGAAUGGCCCUUCCCGGCGGCGUGGCUAGCAACAAUAGCCCAGGACCACUAUCGGGGGCGGGGCGAAAAAAGCCAGGGCUCAGCCUGGCGGGGAUGAACGAAUCCAACGAUGCCUCCGGAGCCGGUGAUGCACCAACCAAACCGAACGGCGGUUCCAUGCUCGACCGAUAUUCGGAGUUCCUCGAUGCCAAGACCGGUUCGUUACGUUUCAAGGGCAAGGCCGUCCUCACUUCACAAGGCAUUGAAUUCGCCGGAGGGAGCGCAUUUAGUAUCUCGCUGGACGAGGUGGAUACGCUCGACGAACUGGGGAAAGGCAAUUAUGGGACAGUGUACAAAGUGAAGCAUGCGCGCCCCAAAAUCCGCCGCCCCGGUCUCGGUCUGGCGGGCAAUCGCAUGCACUCCUCCCCGGUCGCGACACCGCCUCGAGUCCAAUCCGAUGAGGUGGGUUCGGAAGGGAGCGUCGUCGCGGCGGCCAACACCACCACGAGUAGCGGCACCGGCAUCAUCAUGGCCAUGAAGGAAAUCCGCUUGGAACUCGACGAUGCCAAAUUUGCCGCCAUCAUCAUGGAACUCGACAUCCUACAUCGCUGCAUCUCACCGUACAUCAUCGACUUCUACGGCGCCUUCUUCCAAGAGGGCGCUGUGUACAUCUGCAUCGAAUUCAUGGACGGAGGAUCGAUCGACAAGCUCUACGGCGAUGGCAUUCCGGAAACCGUGCUCCGAAAAAUCGCCCUCGCCACGAUCAUCGGCCUCAAGACGCUGAAAGACGAUCAUAAUAUUAUCCAUCGCGACGUCAAACCUACAAACAUCCUGGUGAACACCCGAGGCCAGGUGAAGAUCUGCGAUUUCGGGGUGAGCGGCAAUCUUGUGGCCAGCAUCGCCAAAACGAACAUUGGUUGUCAGAGCUAUAUGGCCCCCGAGCGGAUCUCAUCCGGAGGAGUCGUGCAAGCCGGAGCGAAUCCAGGAGGCGGCACCUACUCCGUCCAGAGCGAUAUCUGGUCGCUAGGCCUGACCAUUAUCGAAUGUGCCAUGGGCUGUUACCCUUAUCCCCCGGACACUUACAACAACAUAUUCAGCCAGCUAAGCGCAAUUGUCGACGGCGACCCUCCGGACCUCCCUGAAGAAGGAUUUUCCGAUGCCGCUCGCCAUUUCGUACGCAGUUGUCUCAACAAAGUCCCGAUGCUUCGCCCAAGCUACGCAGCGCUACUCCAGCACCCCUGGCUCAAAAUCCUCUCGCAACCCGAAGUCAUUCCGGAGGAAGAGGAAGAGGAGACGUCGAAACUCGCUGCAGAGCCCGAUUCGGACCAGGGCCCCGAUACCGACGAGGAUGAGUUGAGGCUUGUCUCGACACCGUUGCAAGGGGACGUCCAUGACCAAGAGGUCGCGGACUGGGUAGUUCAGGCUCUCGAGAAGCGGAAAGACGGGCUGCUCGGAAAGCAGUCGAAGCCGGCUUUGCAUGCAGUCGCCCUGGAUGCCGUGGAGAGUGCGCAUGGAGGAACCCCGCUGGGUGGGCUCUUCAAUGUCGACGAUUCCUCCGAUCGUGCAUAGCGUGACCAAAAUAUUUUUCUAGCGACGCCGCAUGGAUGUGGUUCGCGAAGCGAGCAUCGCAGGCUUGAAGAUUGAUAUACAGAUGAUAUGGGGGUUCCUUUACAAGUUCGGACGUGUGCAUAUGCGUGGUUUCAGUUGGGAUCGAACGACACUAGAAACGAAGCGUUUUUCCAUGAAGGUACGAUAUAGAAAGCCCUUGAAGCCGGAAACAGCGCGCAAUGGGUUCUCUUGUUACUUAUUGUAUGAAAUAGCGCCAAUAAGCACCCUGGAUCAGCCAGUGGGAUGUGGAAAAACUUGGUAAAUUUGAUAAAUUUGACCAUCCAAAUGGUACUAGGGACGAUGAAGCGCAGUGAUUAGG